GCCAAGCCAAAGAAUGGCGUUUCGCAUGGUAGGAAGAGGUCUGAGGUAUUUAAAGUCGCCUCCUUUGUUUCAGGGGAAAUCGUUGGCUGAAAAAUUUGUCGCUGCAGUGGGGAAUAGGAACAUGAGCCAAGAGAAGCCGAUCAGCCGCUUCCCUGUUCCGAAUAUGGAUACAUUGCCUGAAGACAUGCAGGAGAGAAUGAAAGAGGUAGAGGAGAAGGGUGGUUUUUUACCAAAUGUUUUCAAAGUUCUUGCUCAUCGACCAGAUGAAUUCCGAGCUUUUUUUAUGUAUUAUGAUGCUCUGAUGCUAAAAGAAGGAAACCUUACCAAAGCAGAAAAAGAAAUGAUUGUAGUUGCAACAAGUUCAGCAAACAGCUGUAUGUAUUGUAUUGUGGCUCAUGGUGCCCUGUUGAGAAUCUACUCAAAAAAUCCUCUACUAGGAGAUCAGAUAACAGCCAACUGGCACAGUGCUGACCUCACAGAAAGAGAAAAGGCUAUAAUUCAGUUUGCAAUGCGUGUUUGUAGAUCAGAAACAAUAGAAGAUGAACAUAUAGCAGCUCUUGAAAAGCAUGGCUUGGACACUGAAGAUGCUUGGGAUGUUGGUGCUAUUGCUGGACUGUUUGCAUUGUCAAAUAGAAUGGCUCAUUUAACAAACAUGCGACCAAAUGAGGAGUUUUAUUCAAUGGGUAGGGUAAAGAAAGAAAAAUAGAAAUCUCAUGUGAUAAUAUUGCAAUUAUGAUAUGAAGAGGAAUUUUGAAUGAAAUGGACCCCAGAUAACUAAGGAUAGACUUGCUUCUGUGCUUGUUAAGGAAGCCAAAGUUUAUGAAAAAAGUCAGUAAAAAGGCAUUGGCGAUGGGAAAUUUUAUGUCAGAUGUGUAAUUUUUUUUCUUUGUGAACAGCUAAUAUAUUGAAUUUGUACAAAAGCUUACCACCAUUCAUCAUCUAUGAAAUCUUAACAUGAAAUAAAGAAGAUCUGACAGGCUUGGACCAUGUGUAUUGCUGGUUUUUUCCAGCAUGAAGCAACAUGGACUAUCUUGAUUCCUUCUGAAUGAGAAGCUAGUCAGUUGCAGGUAGAUUCCUAGCAUUUCAUGUGCUGUAAAAUAGUCAGGAAUUAGCACUUUGGCCACAAAAUGCCUGUAAUGGAAUAAGGAAAAUACUUAAGUAUGGGGGAGAAUUUUUUCCUUUUUAAAAGGAAUAUCAUUUUCCUGUAGUUUUCAAAUCAGAGUGCUUGUCUACUUGUCAUGAAAUUUUUUAUGGCUCAGAUAUUCAAUUUUUGAUAAGUUAAGAUGGCUCUGAACCCUCCAGAAAGAUUUUGUAAACCUCUGCAGACAUUUCUUUUAUACCCCUUUAAACCUUUUACACCCCAACAUCAGUAUUCAUAUUCUCCAUACUCUUCUCUGUAUUUUUCCUUUGGUACCGAAAAGGAAAAUUUGAUUAUCAAGUUAAAGAAUCCUAGGUUGGUGAUCAUUUUCUUCAUUCUCGUGAUUUUUAUGAACAUUUCAGUAAUAUUACUGUUAGGAGAAUUAAGAUGCUGGUAACUUUAAGGGUUUAAAGGGUUCCCAAAAAACGUCAAAUCGUGAAAGUAUCGAUCAAGCAAAGGUGUGAUAUAAAAUUUGUAACGAAAAGUUUUUGGUACGGGCUUCCA